GACUGGAACACAUUUUCUAGCAUAACGAAACAAAACCCUGAACAGUCAACAUCAGAAAAACUGAGAAAAAAAAUAAAUAUAUAUUUUCUCAACUAGUCAACGACUGGAAUACAUUUUCCAGCAUAGCGAAACAAAACCCUGAACAGUCAACAUCAGAAAAACUGAGAAAAAAAAAAUAAAUAUAUAUUUUCAUAUAUAUAAGGAUUUUGAAAUCAUGUCUACCGUUCGUCCUGGUACUGAUGUGUUGGCCAAAGUGGGUGAUUGCAGCAAACUAAAGUUAGAUGAAAUCGACCUUAUAUCCCGGACCUUAAAAUGUGAACAGGAGAUCUUCCAUUACGAUGAGAAGCUUAGCUUUACCCCGACUGAUAGUCAGGGUGAUGGAGCCGAAGAAGAAGAGAUUCUCAUACCAACCACUGAAGAUGGCACCGAUGAUGAGGAUCAUUUGAAUCAAACAUUAAAUGCUUUAGACUGUCUAAUACAACGAAUCGAACAAACGCAAUUUGAGGUGGAAAAACGUAAAGAGAAAAAGUUGAAGGAAACGGCUGCUGCUUUUUUUUCUUUGGAUGAUCCAAUCGAUUGUGAGGACGAAUUGCAAAUUUCUAAUCUAGAACAUGCUCAUCACAAUUUGCAAUGUGAAAUCGAUAGAGUGCACUUGUAUUAUCGAGAAUUAAGUCAUGCCUUGAUGGAUUCGAUGAAAAUGAUGUGCCAACUGGAAAAACAAAUAAUACUCCUUGAUGAUAUUGCCCUCGAUUAUAAAGAAUGGGCCGACGAAACGGCAGAUCUGGAAUUGAAUGUAUGCCCGAGACGUCAUAAGGAAUUGAACAAUACGAUGAUUACCAAAAAAGAAAUCAAGACUGUGACCAAAGGUUAUGAGGAAAGCGCUUUCAAACGUAGUUAUAAAUGCGUUAAGAAACAUCAAGUUACCGAUGAAAUAAGCAAGUUUUAUUUGGCGAUGGAUGAAAUGAUGCAACUUACUGACGAUUUGAAGGCUGAAAUGGAGAAACGUUAUGCCAAGCUCGAAGAGUUGGCCAAUUCAUAUAUACAACGUGUAGAAGAAGAGUCUACCAAAGCAUAGAAGAGACUCAAGAAAACUCAAAUUUUGUUCAUAUUUAAAAAAUUUUUUUCGGUCAAACUUCUCAAUAUUUUCCUUAGUUUUGGAACAUUGUAAAUUUAAGUAAAAUAUAUAUAGUUAACUUUUAUGGUUAGCUACGCUCCUGUUGCAAAGUAGAA